GUACAAGAAAAUUCACCGGGGCAUAGAGCUGGAUUGGAGCCAUUCUUUGAUUUUAUUGUGUCCAUUAACGGUUCAAGAUUGAAUAAAGACAAUGACACUCUCAAGGACCUGUUGAAAGCAAACGUUGAAAAACCUGUAAAAAUGCUGGUGUACAGCAGCAAAACACUGGAAUUGAGAGAAACAUCAGUGACCCCCAGCAACAUGUGGGGUGGACAGGGCCUGCUGGGCGUGAGCAUUCGUUUCUGCAGCUUCGAUGGGGCCAAUGAAAACGUGUGGCAUGUUUUGGAAGUGGAACCAAACUCUCCUGCUGCAUUAGCUGGACUUAGACCUCAUAGUGACUAUAUCAUUGGAGCAGAUACCGUCAUGAAUGAGUCUGAAGAUCUCUUUUCCCUUAUUGAAACGCAUGAAGCAAAGCCAUUAAAACUGUACGUGUACAACACAGAUACAGAUAAUUGUCGGGAAGUGGUGAUUACUCCAAAUUCUGCCUGGGGUGGAGAAGGCAG